AUGGAGGUUACGGUGUUGGGCUCCAAGCUCGUCAAGCCCGCCUACAAUGCCGGCGCGGCGCCGGCACCUUCCACCGAGUACAUCCCUCUGUCCAUCUUCGACAAGGUGACGUUCAACAUGCAGAUGGCCAUCAUCUACGCCUUCGCCGCGCCCGCGCCCUCCACGGCCGCCAUCGAGAACGGCCUCGCCACGGUCCUUGCCCAGUACCGCGCCUUCGCCGGCCAGCUCGGCGAGGCGCCCGACGGCACGCCGUCCUUCAUCCUCAACGACCGUGGCGCGCGCCUGGUUGAGGCGACCGUGGACGCCGACCUCAUCGACAUGGCGCCAGCGAAACCCACGCCGGAGCUGCUCAAGCUGCAUCCUGACCUGGAGGCGGAGCACGAGGAGGUUGUGCUGCUGCAGCUCACGCGGUUCCGGUGCGGCUCCCUCGCCGUGGGGUUCACGUCCAACCACGUCGUCGCCGACGGCCACGCCACCAGCAACUUCCUCAUCGCCUGGGGGCGCGCCACGAGAGGCCUCCCCAUCGGCCUCCCUCCCGUGCACCACCACAAGGACCUCUUCAAGCCACGGUCGUCGCCUCGCGUGGAGCACGACCACCGCAACAGGGAGUACUACCUGCCGUCGCCCACCGACGUCGUCGGUCACCACGGCAAUGCCGCCGACAACAUCGUCAUCCAUAAGGCGCACUUCUCCAAGGACUUCAUCGCCGGUCUCCGAGCCAAGGCGUCAGAAGGGCGCGGCCGGCCGUUCAGCCGGUUUGAGACCAUCCUCGCCCACCUCUGGCGCACCAUGACACGCGCGCGCGACCUGAGCCCCGAGGAGACCACCAAGAUCCGGCUGUCCGUGGACGGGCGACACCGGCUCGGCCAGCCGGCGGAGUACUUCGGCAACAUGGUGCUUUGGGCGUUCCCGCGCUCCACGGUGGGUGACCUCCUCAACCGGCCGCUGAAGCACGCGGCUCAGGUGAUCCAUGACGAGGUGGCGAAGGUGGACGGCGCAUACUUCCAGUCGUUCGUAGACUUCGCAAGCUCCGGCGCCGCCGAGAAGGAGGGGCUGGCUCGGAGCGCCGUGUGCAAGGACGCGCAGUGCCCGGACGUGGAGGUGGACAGCUGGCUGACGUUCCCGUUCUACGAGCUGGACUUUGGCACGGGGAGCCCGAGAUACUUCAUGCCGGCCUACUUCCCCACGGAGGGGAUGCUUUUCCUCGCGCCGUCCAACUUCGGCGACGGCAGCGUCGAUGCCUUCGUACCCUUAUUCCAAGAGAACCUCGAAGUGUUCAAAGAAUGUUGCUACUCCCUGGAGUAG